AGCAACUUUUGUAACGAGCCCCCAUAAUACAGUCGGUAGUAGCAGUUGUAAUGACCGCAUUAUUGAGGAAAUACGUUACGUCCUGAUGCGACCGAAAUAUAUCUGUUGCAAAAUAAUGCUGAGCACAACGAUUAAGUAGUCCGCUCGAGGCGAGUGCGCGCUCUCGCCGUCUUGUAGCUCUUACUGGUCGGUUCGCCUUAGAGACAGUCGGUUUGCUCGGUCUGUCCGGUCAUCUCGCGGCGGAUGGCGGAAGCCGCGUUUUUAGCUGGUAGGCUCGCUUGCGAUAUACAAGUUUAGAAGUAUACUUGUAUACUGGAAAGUCAACUGCUUAUUGUGUAUACUCAAGUUUUUCGUGGUCAAGUUCCAGUGCAGGAAGCAGCACCAGAGGAAGGAAGUGGUCCGUGGACUGAAUCAAAGUUUUAUUUCAUGCGCUAUCUUCUACUCCACCAAGAAAUACAAGUAAUUCGGAAAACAGACACAAGCAAUAUGGAGACAUUUGGGUCAUUGUUUCCAACUGGCCUGAAUUUUGCAGUGGGUUUAAUUGUUUUCUUCAAUGUGGCGCAUCAGAAUAGUGUUGUUAUUGCACAGCUAUCAGGCAGCCUAGAGACAUGUGAUGCUGAAGGCGAAUCUAUCAUCAGUCCUCAAAUAGCCAAUAUGAAAUGUUUCAACUGUACCUGUAAGAGUGGCAUGGUUGAAUGUGUCAAAAAAAAUUGUCCCAAAAUUGAAGGUUGUUAUAGGCUUCAAGAAUUACAAACCGACGAAUGUUGCCAAAAAUGCAAAGGUUGCAUGAAAAAUGGUUUGUACUAUGAGUCGGGCACCGAGUGGACUGAGCCGAACAGACCAUGUAGAUCAUUGACGUGUAUUGCAGGCGUUAUCACCGAAUCAUCUAUUCGUUGUUACACUCCUUGCUCAGACCCAGUGCCACCUGCGCUCGGACAAUGUUGUCCUACAUGUCCAAACUGCCGUUUCAAGGGGAAAAUAAUAACUAAAGAAACAAGUGUUAUGCCCAAACAUGAUCCCUGUAUUCUCUGUGACUGUACUUCUGGCAAACUGAAAUGUGUGAAAAAGACAUGUCCAGUUCUUAAUUGUCCGGAAUCGAAAAUCUUUCACAGCUUUGAAGGCUGUUGUCCGCAAUGUCAAGGUACCGGUACGUACUUGGACCCGCCCAAAGGAGCCUGCUUGCUGGGUCUGAAGUUACAUCAAUCUGGAACGCAAUUUACUGUGGACGAUUGCACGCACUGCAGCUGUGAAAAUUCAACAGCAUUUUGCCAAAGAGAAAGCUGUCCUAUAUUGAGUUGCAAACGAGAGCAGCAGAAAACUUGGCCGGGUCAGUGUUGUCCCCAAUGCAUAGGUAGCGACAAUGGGUUCAACAUAGAAAUAGAUAAUAAAACUCAAGAACUCGACGAUCAAAGUUAUCAAAAUCAUAAAACAGAAAUAGACGAAACAGGGAAUAACACUGAAGAAGUCGAUGAUCAAAGUCAUAAAACCAAAACGGAUGAAGCAUGGGAUAAACCUGAAGAAGUCGACAAUCAGAGUUAUCAAAAUCAUAAGAUAGAAAAGACUUGCGUACACGAUGGCACAAUAUAUAAGGAUGGCGAAACCUGGAAUACAGAAACGUGUGAGACUUGUACAUGUAAAAAUGGAAGAAUCAAUUGUUCAGCACUAACGUGUCCAGCUAUUCGGUGUCCGCAAAAUUCAAUUUUAGUAAUACCAGAGGGAGAGUGUUGUCCGAUAUGUGAGGAGCGGGAAAGCAAGGGCGUUUGCACAGUGUUUGGUGGCUCGCACGUUCGCACAUUUGAUGGAAAGCUGUAUGCUUUCAUAGGUUCAUGCAAAUAUCAAUUAGCCAGUGAUUGCGACAGCGGGACGUUCAAUAUUCGACUUAAAAAUACCGUGGUAGGCAAUGACGUUUCGAUAAAGAGAGUAUCGUUGAGACUGGGCAAAACAAAAGUUGAUCUUCAGCAAAACAAAAACACCAAAGUAAACGAUCAAGUUGUGGAUGUGCCAUAUCGACAAAAAGACAAAUUAGAAUUAAAAGAGGUCGAUGAUACUAUUGUCGUAACAUCAAAAAUCGGAGUAAAGAUUUUGUGGAACUACGUUGGAUUCGUUGAAGUCAGUAUACCGAAGAGUUAUCAAAAAAAAGUUUGUGGCUUGUGCGGCGACUUUAACGCUAUAGCCGAAAAUGAUUUAACUACGCGAGAAGGUAUUUUGGUUGACGAUCCUGCUAUUUUUGCGCAAUCAUGGACCUCAGGAGAGGAAGUUUGUUUGGACACUAGAAAAUAUGGAAUAAGAGGCUGCAAUCCACGUAAGGAUCAAAGGUUGUGUAGUUAUAUCAAAGGAUCAGCAUUUGAAAAAUGUUUGAAAAAGGUCAACGUAACAUCUUACUAUGAAAAAUGUUUAAAAGACAUGUGCGAGUGUCCGCCUGAUGAUCUGCAAUGCCACUGUGAAUCCUUUUACAGUUAUGUUCGCGAUUGUGAAAGACUAGGAAUACUGCUUCCAAAGUGGCGAAAAUCUGUUGGAUGCGUUUCAGAUGAGCCCUAGCGGUUGCUGCUGUCGAUGAUGUUAGGCGCAUCGUCUGCAAGAAACGCUGCGACCCAAGAGUUCCCACGAGUUCCGGCUGUAAUAAAGAAUUACGCUUACAACCAAACUUGAUUAUUUUUUGUAGAUCAGAGCGAAAUGAGUUCGUUGAAGGUCACGUUCGUCGUAUACAGCCUUGUCUUACUGGUUUGGGUCGUAUGUGAGAUAUUCUUCUUCCAUUUAAUAUGGAGCACAAUCGAAACGAAAAAGCCUCAUUUAAUUGGGAAUACAGCUACUGCUCAUCGAUGUCGACGCGGGGGCUGCACGACGAGCUAUUCUCAUGAGCUUUGUGCUACUGCUAUUCAAGUGACAGCUCGCUCAAGGUAUUCUUGUUUUUGUCAAGCAUAAUAUAUGAUUGUCAUCACGAUAAGCAAGUGCAAACUUAUUUGUUUUUGUCAUACAACAUGAGUACUUAGAGGGCUAAAGAGUGACAGCCGACUAAGAAUCAAGUUUGCAGCGGCUUUUGAGCUCCAGCUGUGAAUUCUAGCACAGACUCUAGCACAGCAAGAAUUAUGCCUUGGUAAAAAUUGAUCUAAUAGUGUAGGUUUGCGAAAUCCAAGCAUACUCGCAGUUAUCCUCAGACGUGAUGAACCCUCAGCUACGUCGGCAGUGAGGUGACCAGUCGAACCAGCUACACUGAUACUGGCUGGAAUGGAAAUUAUCAUAAAAUGUUAACACCAAAGUAGCAAUUCAUCUUCGUAUACUCCUUACUUGUUAAACAAAAACACUUAUGAUAUAUUAAUUUAGCAUACAGUAACCGUGAAACCGAUCCUGCCUGGGAUAAAGAAUAUACAAAAGUAAUACAAUUUCAUUGACUUUUAUUUGAGGUAAAAUAAACAAUUAUAUACAA